AUGUUUCAGCCUCCAACGAAACUGCAGCCGCAGGGGAGGAGAGGAACUAUUGGGCUCUUGAAAGCUGAACCGGAGUCGCGUUUUGAGAAUGGCGUCGAUGUCAAGUUCUCCAUUGAUGAUCUGGCGGCCAAGAAAGAGCCAGAGCCGUGGGACGGCAUUCGCGCCUACGCCGCCCGGAACAAUCUGCGGGCCAUGAAGAAAGGGGAGCUGGCCUUCUUCUACCAUUCCAACUGCAAGGAGCCCGGCAUCGUAGGGACCAUGGAAAUUGUGCGGGAGCACUCGCCCGAUCUGUCUGCACACGAUCCAAAGGCGCCUUACUACGACCCAAAGUCGAAGCCAGACGAUCCCAAGUGGAGCGUCGUACACGUCAAGUUCCGGAGCAAGUUCUCGGCUUCGAUUGGGCUCAAGGAACUGCGAGAGAUGGGAGGGCCCGGCAAGCCGCUCGAGAACAUGCAAAUGCUCAAGCAGUCGCGGCUGAGCGUCAGCAGGGUCAGUCCGGCUGAGUGGGAGUACCUGAUGGGCGUGGCAGAGGAGAGAGCUUAG